GGGGGNGGGGGGGCCUCUGGAACAGGCAGGGGGAGGGAAGGCGGGGCAGCGGGAGGAAAUGAAAAAGCCUGGGCGAGCAGGCUAGAUGAGAAGGGAGGAGGGAGGAGGGAGGGAAGUAGGGAGAAGCUGACUUGCAGAGACCAGAGACCGGUACAGCCAGAAGACGGGAGAGCAGGGCACAGAGAAGGGGACUGAGAGAGAAGGCAGAGGUGCGGUGAGGAGGCGGUAGAGGGCUGCUGGGGCGAGAGGGGAGAGGCAGAGGGGGACACCGGGUGGGCAAAGGGGAGAGAAGGACAGAACUAGGGAGAGGGAAGAACGAAGGAGAGAGGGGGAGAGAGGAGAGGCAGACAGACGGACAGCCAGCUGCACACACAAGAACUGGGGGUGGCCCAUGGGGAGGGCGGUGGGCAUCUGAGUGGACCUCAGGGGCCACCCUGGCUCCUCCUCACCCCCACCCCCACCUCCCCCCCGGGACCCCUCUAGUCCACGCCGCACCUGGAGGCGGGGGGAUGGCCGACUCCUGCAGGAACCUCACCUACGUGCGGGACUCAGUAGGCCCAGCCACCAGCACCCUGAUGUUUGUGGCGGGCGUGGUGGGCAACGGGCUGGCACUGGGCAUCUUGGGGGCGCGGCGGCGGUCAUGCCCCUCGGCCUUCGCUGUGCUGGUCACCGGGCUGGCGGUCACCGACCUGCUGGGCACUUGCUUCCUGAGCCCGGCCGUGUUCGUGGCCUACGCCCGCAACAGCUCGCUGCUGGGCCUGGCCCGGGGCCGCCCCGCCUUGUGCGAUGCCUUCGCCUUCGCCAUGACCUUCUUCGGCCUGGCCUCCACGCUCAUCCUCUUCGCCAUGGCCGUGGAACGCUGCCUGGCGCUCAGCCACCCCUACCUCUACGCCCAGCUGGACGGGCCGCGCUGCGCCCGCCUGGCCCUGCCCGCCAUCUACGCCUUCUGCACCCUCUUCUGCUCGCUGCCCCUGCUGGGCCUGGGCCAACACGAGCAGUACUGCCCGGGCAGCUGGUGUUUCAUCCGCAUGCGCUCCGCGGAGCCGGGCGGCUGCGCCUUCUCACUGGCCUACGCCAGCCUCGUGGCCCUGCUGGUGGCCGCCAUCAUCAUGUGCAACAGCUCCGUCACCCUGAGCCUCUGCCGCAUGUACCGCCAGCAGAGGGGCCAGCACAGCUCCCUGAACCCCUGCCCCCGGGCCCGCGAGGACGAGCUGGACCACCUGAUUCUGCUGGCCCUCAUGACGGGCAUCAUGGCUGUGUGCUCCCUGCCCCUCACGAUCCGAGGCUUCACGCAGGCCGUCGCCCCGGACAGCAGUGAGAUGGGGGACCUCCUUGCCUUCCGCUUCAAUGCCUUCAACCCCAUCCUGGACCCCUGGGUCUUCAUCCUUUUCCGCAAGGCUGUCUUCCAGAGGCUCAGGCUUUGGCUCUGCUGCCUGGGUCCCAGGCCUACUCACUGUGACUCGCAGACACCCCUCUCCCGGCCCACCUCAGGGAGGAAGGACUCGAGGGCUCCUGCUGCCCUCGGGGGGAAGGAGGGGAACUGGGUACCUUUGUCACUCUGGGGCGAGGGGCAGGGGGCACCCUCGCCCCAGGUGCAGCAGUCCGGCAGCACCGUGGGACCAUCAUCGAAAAUGGGGUCCGCAGCCGCCUGCUCCCUGUGCUGACAUCGGCUGCCCAUGACCUCCUGCUCUGUCUUCUGGGAGUGGGAGCGCGACACUCAGGGCAUGGCUGCCCGCGGACGAGCGGAGAUGAGCCCCCGGAGUCCUUGCCUGCCGGAAUCUUGACCCCCCGAAUGCGGAGGGGGGCGCGAUCAGCUGCUAUUUCCCCAUUUCUCCUUCUCCAGGGUGGCCCCGGCAGGCUCUGGGAGAAGAGGGAGGGAGACAGGGAACGUUUAUCCUGGAGCAUAAAAAGAACACUUCUCAAAAUAACCAGGGGCCUGACCGGCCCAGUCUGGCCCUUGCUUGCCUAUCCAUCUUGCUGUCUAAAUAUUUAGAAGCCAGAAAAGUUUCCCAGAAGCUUCUGUGUGCUCAGGUCUGCUCUGGUUCUGGUUCCGGCUCCGACACUCACCCAUUCGGGGUGCUUGGCUGCCCACCCCAAGCCCCCAGGGGACAGCCCUGCCCUCCCACUGGCCACUCCAAAAGCCAGCCCCUCUCUGCCUCCUGGGACCCAGGGAUUCUUGGACCAGCUCCCGGGCUCCCCUUACUCCUGAUUUCCCAUCAGACUCGGAAGCCCCAGCCCCCCAAGGGGGAGGCUGGAGGAAGGAGAGACUGCUGUCUUGUAAGUACCAUUGCCGGACACGUGCCUGGGAAUCCGCAUGGCUUGGUGGGCUGCAAGAUGUGGACCGUGGGGGCCCGGAUGUGUGUGUGGAGGAGAUGGAGGGGCUGGAGGACAAAGGCAUGGGAGUUACGGAUCCCAGGGACCCCCGGGAACACAGCCUGUCCCUAGAUGAAUAGCUGUGCUCACGUACAAAGCCCGCCGUCACCUCCUGUGUCCUCCCAGGCCUCACAAAAAGUUCGUUCAUUCGUGCAACAGCGAGUGGGCCCUGCCUCGCUGUUGGAGACAACAGACCUGUCCCUGCCCCGCCCUGGACGCCACUCGGGGUGAUUUCCAGCCUUCGGGCUUCUCCUGCCCUCAAGACAGGCCCAAGAGCAAGGGUGCUCUGGAGGGAGCCAACUGGCAGGAAAGGAAGUGGUGUUUAGGGCAACCGGGAAAGCCCUUUCCUCCCCCCAGCCCCACCCAGUUCCCCUUCAUGGUUGCUGCAGGGUUGAAAGCACUCGAUCUGGGGUUAAAAGGGUAAAUGUGAACGUGGGGACAGGCCCAGUAGGGAGGCAUGGGCCUCCGUAGAGAUGACAGCACCUCACAUCAGUAAGUCCUCCGCCUGCUGUCAUUGGAGCGUUUCCACAGAAGCUGGAAUCAAGGUCCAGAGAGGGUAAUCACCAGCCCCAGGUCACACAGCGAGGAGGAAGCACGGUCUUGCGAGGGAGGGAGGGGAAGCUGACCUUUCUGUCUCCAGAAGCCAGCUCCCUUGUUUGGCUACUGGCUUUGCCUCUCUGUGCCUCGGCUUCCUUUGGUGCAGAAUGGUGAUUGUGAUCUAGAAUUCAGUUUAUAAGGGUGGUGCUGAGGAUUAACUGAUUUCCUCUGAUAAACAGCUGAGCGCAGGGCAUGCCUGGAAUAAAUACCACAAAAAUGUUACUGUUACUGCAAUCCUGUUGUUGCUGUUGUCUGUGGCUAGCUGGGCAAAUGGAGGCUGAAAAAAGCAACAUUUCGCUCCAUUGGUCUUUCCACCACUAUGAUUCAAAUCACAUUACAGAAGAACAAGGGGGUGUCUGGAGAGUUAAAAAUUGGUCAAGAUGACUGGUUUAUUGGGUCUGGGUUUCCCUUUGGGGUGAUGCCAAUGUUCUGGAACCCGACGGUGCUGGGGGUUGCAUAAUGUCGGGAAUGUACUAAAUGUCUCUUGAGUUGGACAUGUCCAAAUGGUUAAUUCUAAUGUUAUGGGUAUUUUGCCAAAAUAAAAAAAAUGUAACAUUGAAAAAAAAUUGAGAGUGUUUAGAAACGUUUAUGAGUCUUG